UGUGAAUUACGUUUAAUGUUGUUGAAGCGGCUGGUAGUGUGGUUGGUGGUGGUUGUGUUGGCAGUGUGUGUGGGCGUGGACGCCCAGGCUGAUGGCCACUUCUGGUGGUUGAAAACCACAAUAUCCACGCCACCCACGACCACAACCACCCCAGAGGCCGUGUACUGCGAGUGUGUCAAGUACUUCUUGUGUAUUGAUGGCGUUAUCAGCACCUCGGGGGAAAAUCUCAUUGACAUUCGCAUGUCGGCCACCGACACUCCACCUGUCACCAAUGUCGACACGUGCCCCAACUUGGUCGACGUGUGCUGCGGUGUGCCAGAGCCCCCGACAACCACCACAUCAAGACCUACACUGCCCCCUGAUACCCCGUGCGAGUGCGUGCCCUUCGUCAACUGUACGGGUGAUCGUUUGGUAAGUGAUGGAGGCGGCAACACCACGUUAGAGAUGCUCGACAUCCUCUACUCCCACUCACAGUGCCCCCAGGUGCUGUCUGUGUGCUGCGCUCUUGACCCAACCACAGAACCUCCGAACUCCACCACAGUGGCUAACUUCACCGCCACGGCCUCCUGCGUAUGUGUUGAGUCAUUCCAGUGUGAAGACGGCCACAUCAUCACCUCCGGAGCUGGACUCAUAGACGUUCGAACUGCUAAACAUUCUCACAUCGCCAGCCUUCCUGAUGGAAGCUGCAGUGACCCAGACCAUGUAUGCUGCUUACCACCUGAGGACGGAACAUUCCAACGUUCCAACAACAGUGAAACUAUAACCACCACUACCGCCACCACUACCACGCCCUCUCCCAGAGAGGAGGUAGCACCAAGCUGUGGAACGAGGAACUCCGAUGGCGUGCGAGCACGUAUCCUGGGGUUCCAUGGCGGAGAGAGUCAGUUUGGAGAGUUUCCCUGGGUGUCUGCUGUCCUUACCAUCGAGCAGCUGAUGGGCAAGACAAUCAGAAGGUUCGUGGGGGGUGGCACUCUCAUCCACCCACGGGUCAUCGUCACUGCUGCCCACAAGGUGCAAGGGUAUUUAGACACUACGCUGAUGGUGCGGCUGGGCGAGUGGGACACACAGACAGAGAUUGAGCCACUGCCACACCAAGACUUGAUGGUGCAGAAGGUAGUGCUGCAUCCUCGCUACCACCCUCGGACGCUCUACCAUGACAUUGCUCUGCUCUUCCUCAAGGAAGAAGUGCAGUUUUGCAUCACACAUCAAAAGGGCCCCUUUUGCAUAGCUCAGGACUUUUUGCAUCAGGUGGACCACCUUGCCCAGGCCCAGGAGAGCGGGACGCCCACACCGCACCUGAGUUCAGUAACCGGCUUCACACCAAAACCGAUAAAGAAUUAUCCGCAGAGCGGAAAAAUGGAGAUGGCUAAAAGUAAGGCGAUGAUAGCUGUCCCUCCUGUAAUGUGCCCGGCGGGCAUAGCAGAAAAUGGAGAGUACCAGAAGAUCAUGAAAAGUGUGACACUUCCAUUAGUCAACUACAGUGACUGUGUCACACGCCUACGACGUACAAGACUUGGACGCUACUUUCAACUACAUAAAUCUUUUACUUGCGCUGGAGGAGAGAAGGACAAAGAUGCUUGCAAAGGAGAUGGUGGUGGGCCUUUGGCAUGUCAGCAGAUCCAUGACCCAAAACGAUACCUGCUUGUGGGAAUGACUGCCUGGGGUAUUGGCUGUGGUGAAGAUGGUGUGCCAGGUGUAUAUGUUAAUAUUCCUGAACACUAUGACUGGAUAAUAAAAAACAUUAAUGACCAUUACCCAACUACAACUACUUCUACUACAACAGCGGCACCAACAACUGCCCAUGGUUUUAGGGGAUUGAGGUAUCAUAAUGUUGAGGGAAACAACGAAUGGUCAGUGAUUAGAGAUCAGUCAAGAGCGAAUCAAACUCGGGGAGAACAACAGUUGAAAAGUGAACAAGAGGAGAGAGAAUGGCAACACAAAGCAAAACAAGAACAAGAACGAUUAAAGCUUCAAGAAAUGAAAAGGAAGCUCCAAGAAAAAUGGAAACAGAUGAAAGACAGAAAGUUAGACAGAACUACAGGAUUUUGAAAAUGCUAAAUAGAUGAGAAAGUAAUUCAUGACUUAGUAACAUUAAAUAUCUGGCUUCUGUUGAGUGAUACAUAUUUUAGAUACUUCGGUUCUAAAAGAUUGUACAAGAGCCCUUUACUAGCUUCGUCACUCUUUGUCCCCCCACACCCUUGAAUACAGGACAGGAAAAAAAAAAGAACUGCCUUAUCCAGUGAAAGCUGACUAUAGGGACUAGAAACCCCAAUCUCCCCAAAAUUUCAUUUCAAGAAAAUACUAAAUGCACUGAGCCUGUGAAACUUCCACCCCAUCCUACUGGGCUGAGAGUGAAGGAAAAUCAAAUAGGACUCGCAAUAAAUUUGUUAUAACUUAAUCUUUAUUUUUAUAAAAGCAAAAGUGCUAAGCCUGUAUGAAUUAAAGAGCUGCACUUUUAAAUUUCUUGCAGAUAUUUUUUCAAUACUUGUAUUAUGCUGUAUCAAAUGCCACUCAGUCUUCAAGCAAAGACACUGUGUGA